UACGUUAGUGACAUUGUUUUGAGAUCAAGAAGUCAUUUCGGCGCUUAUAUAUUUCAGUUUUGUUUUUUAACUUGCAAUAGCUAUCUUUUAAUUGUGAUUUGGUGUAUUUCGACGUUGUAAAGUGUAUAAUUCAAAGUGGCAUUCAUUUUCGCGACCUAGUCCUAGUAACUCGGUGUGAGUGAACGAAGGAUUUGUGUUUACUUUUCACCUUAAGUUCAACUGUGUGUUUUAUUACCCAUUUUGUGAUCUAUUAAAAACACGUGCUUCGCGCAUUUGGACACUUACAGUGUGUUUUACACUAGUGCAAUAAUUGACGCUUUUGAUGUGUUUAUAGUGACUGUGUGAUACAUUGUAUUUGCAUUGAUUGAACACUAGCUGAAAUAAUUCGCGUUCAGAAUAAAUCUGAACGCUGAAACUCCGGUCUGCAAAAACCAUAACGAAAAAUAAAUACAAUACUAUUAUAUCAAUAUGCUUAAAAUUGCAAAAUAACAUUACCAACUCAUAAAGUUUUAGUUAAUUAGUCCAUUUUACCUCAAAUAGCGUCGAUUUAAAGUUAAAAGGCAUAAUUUGUUUCAGUUAAACUUCUGCUUAAAUCGCAAUACAAUCACUGACCUCUCGCCAUGUUAUGAAAUAUUUAAAUAUCAACCAAUCAGAAGAAGGCAUUACGGUGUAAUACGCUGCGUUAUCGAUUAAAAUCUACCUGCCGUAUACAGCGGGCACAGCGAUUGGAAUUGAAAAUGUGCCCAAGACAGGAGAAAAGUGAACCGUAUUGCUGGGGACUCCAAUGCUCAUCGGAUUAAGGAUAUUCUUCCUGACGAUAUAGCUGUCAAAUGCCUGCCAAUCUCUGAUGAGAAUAUGUAAUGACAAUGACAUUCGCCAACUCUGUUUUCAAAUGUGCCAAAUUUUCUUGUGAUCGUUUUCGCCAUGCAUUGUUGAGAGACUUGCGGAAGAUGGAUGUUCAACAGCUGUAUCUUCAUCUAGGCUCAAAUGACAUUCUUACGAAUGAAGCGGUGUUUUACCGAGAUGUAGCUGACUUGUGCGAUUUGGUGCAUCAGGAGGCGCACAAUCGGUGUCCAGAAUGCAGGGUUGUUUGCUCCAACGAAGACGCUUUGCUGAGCCACUUUUGCAGUCGCCACAUCAAGCAACCAGAGACUGGAAAAGAGAGUAAAAUUAAGCUGAUAGGCUCACCAAUGAUUGCAUCUGCUUAUCAUGAACUCAACGAAGUCAGCUCAAGGAAGUGGAAGGCAUGCUUGGAAAAUAGAAGUUUCCAUUAUGAAGGCAAAUUUUAGUAUAUUUCAAAUUUGUUACCAAAUGAAGUGACAAGAUCUUGAAUGAAAAUUUGAUUGAACAUUUGUUAUCUGUCAAGAGAAACAGUUUAAAGCGAAUGAAUUAAGUAUUGCCUAUUGUCUAUAAGUUAAUUGUGUGACCUGAACCCUGUAAGGGAUAUUACUUAUUUUUAUACGCCGGUUUUGAAAAAACGGGACGUAUUAUAGUUUCACCCUUGGCGGGCGGCGGCGUCCAUAACAGUGUCCACUCUCUAAUUCAAAUAGUUUUCAUCCGAUCUUCACCAAACUUGGUCAGAAGUUGUAUCUAGACAAUAUCUAGGUCAAGUUCGAAUAUGGGUCAUGCCAGGUCAAAAACUAGGUCACGGGGUCACUUAGUGCAUUUGAAGGAUUUAGCAGUGGUGGCUCUCUAAUUGGAGUAGUUUUCAUCUAAUCUUUACCAAAUUUGGUCAUAAGUUGUGUGUAAAUGAUAUAUAGGUCAAGUUCAAAUAUGGGUUAUGCCGGGUCAAAAACUAGGUCGCGAGGUCACUUAGAGCAUUUCAUGCAUUUCGCAUGGUGUCUGCUCUCUAAUUGAAAUAGUUUUCAUCCAAACUUCACAAACUUUGGUCAGAAGUUUUAUCUAGACAAUAUAUAAGUCAAGUUCAAUUAUGGGUCAUGCCGGGUCAAAAACAAGGUCAGGGGUUCACUUAGUACAUUUCAAGGAUUAAGCAUGGUGUCCGCUCUCAAAUUGAAGUAGUUAUCAUCCGAUCUUCACCAAAUUUGGUCAGAAAUUGUGUCAAAAUGUUAUCUAGGUCAAGUUCAAAUAUGGGUCACGCCAGGUCAAAAACUAGGUCACGAGGUUACUUAGUGCAUUUCAAGCAUUUAGCACGGUGUCCACUCUCUUAUUGAAGUAGUUUUCAUCUGAUCUUCAACAAAUGUGGUCAGAAGUUGUAUCUAGACAAUAUCUAGUUCAAGUUCAAAUAUGGGUCAUGCUGGGUCAAAAACUAGUUCACAGGGUGCAUGUUGGUGAUUGAAACCCAGGACCUGUAAGUGCUUCUUAAUAUUUGCAACAAAUGACAAAUCAUGUUAAGUUUUUGAAACAUCUGUUUUUUGUUCAGUUAAAGGACAUAUUGAACUCACUAAUUGCUAAGUUAACUUAGAUGCAUCAAGUUUUUAUUGAUGAUUUCUACUUUCUGUUGAAUCAUUAUCCUUGCCAAAGCCAGAGAGAUAUAGUGUUGGCGUUUUCCAUCGGUCAGUCUGUCAGUCCAUCCAUCUGUUUGUUACAAACAUUUUAGGGCUUCAUAUCAUGAAUUUAAUAAGAUUUCAACAUGGAAAAAUAAGUGUAUGCCAUAUUCAUACAAUAGUGCAAAUUUACUUUUUUUCUUUCUUUUUAGAUUAGUUAUUAACAGAAGAACAGAACAGUAACAUACUUUUAUUACAUUAACAGAGGCUCUGAUUAGAUGUGUAUCUGCGUAAAGUACUCAUAGAAAAUAUCAAUAUAUAGAUAAAUAAAACAAAAAUAGAGUUAAACAAAUCAUGGUGAAAUCCACAAUACACACCAAGAGCUAUUAGUAGGCUUAUCUACAUUGACUUAUUUCACAGUAAAUCUCUUUUUUUUGGCCUUUUCAUUAACAUUUUCAAUCAAAAAUAACAUUUGUGAAAAACUUAGUCAAUGAUUAUAACUAAAGUUAAAUAUGUGUACACUGUAAGUUAAUUGACUUUGGCUUCCAAUCUGCAGUUUACAAAGUUGCUUGUUAUAGGAGUAUUCGUGCAAAUGGAUAUCCUGCAAGGAAGACUUCCACUCCAUAGGACAGCAAGAUGCACAUAUCAUCUCUCAUGUGGUUCAAGAGAAAUGCUGUAGAUGGGGAGACUGUACCAAAGUCCUGAGCUUUAAUAGUCUUGAAAUCCAUGCACUUAAACAUCUCUAUGAUGUGAGUUUAGUACUGUGUAUGAACUGGUGUUACUUCAUUUUCUGCAUAUCUUUAUCUCAGUCUUCUCUAGUGUUGAUGGUCAAAUACAUAUUGUCUGCCAGUUUUUUUCCCCCAAUACUGCCGUUCAUCGUUUGCUUGCAUCAAGAGUUUUAAAAGAAAUUAAAACUCAUUUUUUUAGUUAGAAUCUUAUGAAAGACUUAAAUGGCCAUGUUUAAUACAAUUGUAUAACAACAUAUACGAGCUAAAAAAAUAGUUGGAAUAAUUAAUGUAUAUAUGAACAUAACAAAUUUACUUAAAAUCAUAGGUCUUGUUUUUGUCUGCCAUUAUAAGAACCAGAACAUAUUUCGGACAUUCGAGGAUUGACUUGCUGUGUUAGAGGAUCAUCAGGUGACGGAAGAAACCAGGCUUUUUUCGACUCAAUGUUGAUGAAACCUGAUCGACAUGCUCAUCUUGGUUGAGUAAGCCUGGGUUAAGUGUGUCCAAAAAGUAGGUAACCUGGUGAAAUCUUAGGAAAACAUUGUAACCAGAUCCAGGUUUAUUUGACUGACAGACCGAUGGACAGUGGGUCAACCGUAAAUCCCUUAAUGUGAAAACGGUAGGGACAAAAUAAAUAUCACAUUGCUCUUCUGAGUUCAUUUGUAAACCAAGUUUUAUCACAAAAUUAAAAUGGUCAAUGUAUUAUUUUGUGUAUUUAAAAAUUAUGUGAAUAUUAAGUUUCAUGAAAUCUUACUGAGUUUUCUCAAUUUAAGCUACUAUUCGGACAUGGACUGACGGACAAAUGGGCAACAAUGUCGCAAUUUGUAUACCAAGUUUUAUAAGAAUUGUUUCAUAAAAGUAACCAAUGUGUCUGUUCUAUGUCAAGGUAACUACUAGGAUGAAAUACACAAAAAGAUUUUGGUUCACAAUAGGGUAGGCUCCGCGUGCCGUGAACCGGGCAACAGCUUUUGUCAUUUAACAUUUGUGUUAUAAUGGCAUAAGCUGGCAGAUACCCUUUAACUUUAACGAUGUUUUCCGAUAAUUUCUCGGAAAAUACAAU